GCGACCAGCAAAAUUCCCAACUGCCCGUCUAUGACCCCACUACUCGGUCCCCAGCCUAGAACUUCAUGUCUGCCAACGCCGGCUGCUGGGAAUCUCUUGCCCUGGUUUAAGAUCCUGCACCGUCGUCCCGCCUCUGAUUCCGCUUCCGCCGAUACCGCUCACUGACUUGUGGCUUUUUGUGCAUGCGUCUUCGCACAAUUCAAAGAGCCUUGAUGUUGGCCUGAACCACGGCCAGUCUCCUCCUGCUCAAGUCGGCCGUCAUGGACAUUCUUUCCAAAGUCACCCCACGGCAGGGCAACAGCCCAGUCCCGUUCGACAUCCUCACAGCCACUGCCUCAGAGCUACGGGUGCUACUCGAUCAACAUAAAACAACCAGCGUUGAAAUUGUCAAAGCCUAUCUCGCCCAGAUUUCGAAACACAAUAAAAGCGGUGCACAUCUAAAUUGUGUGAAUAGCGUGGUACCGGAAAAGAUACUCCUGGAUGUCGCUUCUGAACUGGACCGCGAGAGGGCCAAGGGCCACCUCCGAAGCCCAAAUCAUGGCACUCCAUUCCUGGUAAAGGAUAGUAUCUGGACCGCCGCCUCGUUCUCCGUGACCACGACCGCUGGCACAUACGCUCUGAAAGAUGCGGUAGCGAGAGAGAAUGCCGAUGUCGUUCGGGCACUCGUCAAUGCGGGAAUGAUCAUGCUGGGAAAGACGAACUUAUCGGAAAUGGCUGGCAUGAAGGGUGUUGGCGGUUUCGCUGGUUGCUCAGUCGUCGGGGGCCAAACGCAAACCCCAUAUGUCAGGGGCGGUGUUGACCCCACAGAUACUUGGCUCGGCUUGAGUACUCCUGGCGGCUCGUCAUCCGGCUCUGCGGCUUCAGUGGCCGCCGGCAUGGCACCCGUUGCACUCGGAACAGAGACCGAUGGAUCCAUUCUCGUCCCAAGCGACCGGGCCAGCCUCUACUCACUCAAGCUGACUCUAGGAAAAGCUCCGACCCGCGGCGCCCUUGGCUACACACCCUUCACGGACACCCUUGGCCCGAUGACAAAGUCCCCCGAGGAUGUGGCGAUACUGCUGGACUUGCUUACGCCUAUCAAAGGCAAGUCUCACCGCGACUUCCUGACCAAGUCGUUGGCCGGUAUUCGAAUUGGCUUUCUCGACCCCGCUGUCUGGGCCCCAACUGCAGACGCCGUGCGGCCAGACGCAGACUUUACCGCACAGAUAAAUGAAGAAGUAGCGGCAGCGGUGGAUGCUAUUGAGAAGGCUGGCGCUCAGGUCAAGCGGAACGUCACCCUACGACGGUUCAGCAACGAAGAUGACAAGAUGUUCAGUGACCUUGCUUCGACUGACUACGCCAACGAGUUUGCGAAGUUUGCUGGAGGUCUGGACCACGGCUCCGCCAAAACCAUGGCAGAACUCGUUGCGUUCAACAAUGAGCAUGCAUCCAUCUGCCUUCCAUCCGGGACCGACCAACGGUUCCUCGAAGAUGCACUCAACAUUCAUCUCUCUGAUGAAAAGUACGAAGAGUAUUCUCAAACCUUGCGAAGAAACAACAAGGAGCUUGGGAUCGAUAAGGUUUUGCGGGAAUACGAAGUUGAUGUGAUCAUGAGCAUCCCGAUGGGCCGAACCGCGACCAUUGCCGCCAUCUCCGGGUACCCUGUGGGCACUGUCCCACUGGGGUACGCUCGUUUUAACGGAGCUGCAUACGGCAUGUCCAUCAUCGCACCUGCGAACGCCGAAUCACUCAUCCUUACCAUCAUGAGCGCGUGGGAGUCCAUAGUUCUUCCCAGCCGCCGCCCACCUCCACAGCUGGUGGAGCAGAAUGCGUCUGAGAAGCUAUAGGUUUGCGUGGUGGAUGCUAAUCCCAAGCACUCAACAAGCUUAGAGUAUCAAGCUCGGGACACACGCAACGCCACGGGAUGAAUCAUCAUGGAGGGCCUGAGCUUAUUUCAUACAUGAUAUUACAGACUUGCUACCCCAAUCGAUACCUAGCUAGCCGUAUAAAUGUCAAAAUCUAACAGAGGAAAUCAAUGACACAUAUGGAUGAUUCCAUUUCC